CCAACAACGCGGACUCCUCUGCUUCUCGCCGCGCACUCACCGGCGUCUUCCGCGACAUCGAAGCAUCAGUCGCCAUUCACCUUCUCCUUCCUUGCUUUCAAUCACCUUCUCCGUUCUUCCCUUGUCAACUACCUUCUCCUUUCUUCCACCCACUUGCUGUUGCUUUCUUUUGAGGGUUUUUAAUGAGACUAGUUUGCCUAAAGAUUGGGCCUUGCUCAAGUAAAGGAGCAUAAGGACUAUUUUUCCUUUCCGGAAUUGGAUUCAUUUUUUCGGUCUGUAUCCGUGCACAUUAUUGUGCUGACUGUAUGGCAGAUAAGCAGCAGCAGGUGGUGGUUAAGAGAGCCAGGCACAAGUCAUCUGUGAAGGACCCUGGAACACCUGGCGUUUUGAAAAUGACUAAAGAUAGGUUUACUUUCAUGGCAAAUGAUCCGAGUUCACCUGUGAAACUUAAUGUAGAGUUCAGAACAAUUAAAGGGCACAAAUUCACCAAGGAUGGAACUAAGCAAGCCCUCCUUAACCUUACUCAGGAUCAGGGUGGCAAUUACAUUUUUGAGUUUGAGAACUUCCCAGACCGCAAUGUUUGCAAGGAUUUUGUAGCCUCAGCUAUUGCACUAUCCGGAGAAGCUGGGAGAACAGUUCCUGAAAAAUCUGCUGUUCCGAUUCAAGAUGAGCAACUUAGUGCGGCUGAAAUGGAGCGUCGUAUUAAGCUACUGCAGGAGGAUAGUGAUUUACAGAAACUUCACAAGCAAUUUGUGAUUGGAGGUAUCCUAUCUGAAGCUGAAUUCUGGGCAACGAGGAAGAAGUUGUUGGAGCAGAAUUACAGCAGGAGGCCAAAGCAAAGAGUGGCAUUAAAAAAUGAUAUGUGGAGUACCAAACCUUUAGCUGAUGGUCAGUCCAACAGAGUUACAUUUAACUUAACACCAGAGAUUAUCCUUCAGAUUUUUGCAGAGAAACCAGCUGUUCGCCAAGCAUAUCUCAAUUUUGUGCCAAACAAGAUGACUGAAAAAGAGUUUUGGACUAAAUACUCGCGAGCGGAAUACCUCCAUAGUACAAAAAAUGUCAUUGCUGCAGCAGCAGAGGCUGCAGAAGAUGAGGAACUUGCCGUAUUUUUGAAGCAAGAUGACAUGUUAGUUAAUGAAGCUCGGAAGAAGAUUAGGCAGGUGGAUCCUACUUUGGACAUGGAAGCUGAUGAAGGAGAUGAUUACAUGCAUCUCCCGGACCAUGGGCUACCUCGCAAUGACAACAAGGAUGUUUUAGACUCGCAAUAUGAACCAUACCGAAGAUCUUUCUCACAACACCUCAACCAGCAUGCAGCAGUCGUUCUUCAAGGGAGAGUUAUAGAUGUUGAGCUAGGAGAUACAAGAUCUGUAGCUGAAGCACUUGCAAGGACGAAACAUGCUGAGUUAGCUAAAGAUGCAUCUGAUGUGUACUUGGACAAAGAGCGGUUAGAGAGGAUUUCUCGAAUGACUGAGAUUGAGGAUCUUCAGGCACCUCGUGACCCUGCAGUUGCACCACUUAGUAUUAAGGAUCCUCGUGACUACUUCGAUUCUCAGCAAGCAAAUGCUUUCAGCACUCUUGGUGAUACUGUUUCUGGUGCAAAACAAUUAAAAUGUAGUGUGAGUACUCGUGAAGCAUAUUGUUCUUUGAAGGAGUGCAUCUCCGAGAUUAAAUUUCAGGGUUUGACUGAGCCCACAAUUAAUUCAGAAGUUGCUUUUAAGGUUUUGAAUGGAUUGGCUCAGAAUAUUUCAAGUAACAAGUAUCAUCUUGGGAGGAAUCCAAACGAGAGUAUUUUGGAUAGUUUGCCAAAAAUCACCAGAGAGGAACUAUUACUUCACUGGUCAUCCAUCCAGGAGUUAUUGAAGCACUUUUGGUCAUCAUAUCCUAUUACAACCAAGUAUCUUUUAACUAAGGCAACCAAAUUGAAGGAUGCUAUGUCCCAGAUAUAUCCUAAGCUACAGGAGAUCAAGGAAUCUGUGCAGUCAGACUUGCGACAUCAAGUUUCGCUUCUUGUGCAACCAAUGCUUCAGGCUCUAGACGCAGCUUUUGCACAUUAUGAUGCAGAUGUACAGAACAGAUCGGCAAGGAGUGGGGAGAGACCAAAUGGUUUCUAAAGAAUUUUUUGUUCACCGUGCUGAGAUACCGAUAUUUUGGAACAAUUGUGGGCUACUGUGCAAAUUUAAAAAAUUUUGCUGAUUUUCUCUUUGCCAUUUUUUUACCCAAUUUGAUCUACAUCGUGGAUUGGUGAAUUUCCAUCGUGGAGUACGAUACCUUGUUGCUUACUGUAACAGGUAAAAUGCA